CAAUAUCCGAUUACAAACGGAAGUGUAAUCGGAUAUUUUAAUUUCCCGUCAAAACAAAUAAAUGCCUUACACGGCCUUACAAUGAAGCUCAAACCAGAGACCAUUCGAAAACGCUGUAAGGUACCAGUUCAUCUUGCGAAGAGCUUAGACCUGUCAGGACUAGAGCUCGUGAAACUGGAACACUUGGAUCAGUGUGAGAAUCUUCAUUGGCUGAAGGCAAGAAACAACAAUUUGGAAUCCGAUGAGGGCUUGGAAAAUUUGAAGCAACUUUGGUAUUUAGACCUUAGCAACAACAGUAUAUGUUUCCUCAAUGCACUUUCUCGUUAUCUUGCUCUGGGAACUGUCAUACUCUCAAAUAACAACCUGAAGUGGAUUGACCUUGAAAAAAUUAGACAUGCUCAUUUUCUAAGUAUAAGUCUCCAUGGUAACCCUGAGCUGGAUUCAGAUCCUUACUAUCGUAUUCAUGUGAUAGAUUGUCUACCUUUGAUAUGGGAUUUAGACGGCCGCCUAGUUACUGUAAUGGAGAGGAUUCAUGUGAAUCAGUUCUUUAUAGAUACAGCAUUGACUUCUCACCCAAUACGUCACAAAAUGGGUAAAACUUUCAGAACAACAGCAGUCAAAAACAUUGGCAUUAUGGGAGUUGUGAGUAAACAGUGCAAAUAUAUAUAUUCUAAGUUUCCAAUGUCAGAGAAACAUACAAAACAUACUGAUGAAAGGCGCUUGAGGUAUCUCACACAUAUGACUCAGGAGGACAUUUUAUCUUGGGCUUCAGAGUUAGAUAAAAAAGAUCCAAUACUAAACACAAUAACUGGAAAUUUCUUGGAAAACUUACUGGAGCAAAGACAGACAGAUACAGAAAGAUGCAAUAUGUUCCUUCUGUUAUUGGUGAUAUCACUGGAGUAUCAGUUGCCUACCUCUUUGAUCAGGUCUUCAUUGAAUGUAUCACAGCUUGAGACUAUAGGAAAUGUGAACAUAAUGUCAUAUUUUCUGCUGCCACCAAUUUACAGAACUAGAGUUAUCUGCCUUUUACUUAAUGCUGCCAAAGUUGACAGAGAUAAUAAUGUGAACAACACUGGAGGUUUGUACCCUCAGCUCUUCAUGAGUCUCUAUUAUGCAGUAGAUCGUCUCACAUGGAUAAGUCAAACCUCAGAGUCCAACCAGAACAAAGUCAAACCAGUCCCAUACACAACUGAUUAUAAAGCACUCAUGGCUGGAGAAGCAGUGGCUCUCAUGUUGAACAUUCCCAAAUUUCUACGUCUUCUGUGUUCUGGGGACACAGGAGUUGCUAAUUUGAUUCUGACAGCUACAGGAAAUUAUACACUUGUUGAUGAAGCACAAGAUGAGUUGAUUAAAGCAGAGGAUGUUUUUAAUGAACUUCCGAUGAGACAGGCCCACAAAGUUGUCAGAGAAAGGAUCCAGGAGGCUAUUCAUAAAAGAAUGGAUGUUAUUGACAUUAAAAUGGCAGACAUUCCUGUUGGAGAUCGAUACCUUGCUUUAUCUGACUGUCUGCCAAUCAGACCUCUCCAUUCAGUCAUCUGGGCCUCAGAGUUUCUUACAAAAGGGAUGACCAUACCAAAACUAGACCCUCCGAUUCUAAACCCAGCCAGAGAAGCAGCUAAAACCAAACCCCAAGAGCCUAAAAUUGGUGACAAGCUGUUGUUAGGACCACAGGUCAUUGGUGACAUCACAAUGCUUCUGAAGGGGGAGAUAGCUCUGGCUAAAAUUGAUGGUGUUCCAGUUGCCAACGGCGCCAUUGAGAGCAAGGUGAAGGACAGCGAGGCUCACUAUACUUAUGUUGAUUUAAAAGCUUUAUGCUAUGCCACUGACAUAGGAAUGUGGAGGCCUAAAAGUACAGAGGGAGACAAAUUCACCAUUCACACAGUUGACCCCCAGAGUGAGAAAACAUAUAUAUACAAAGAGUUUGAUCCGGGUCGUAGAAGUUCCAGAUUCAAACAAAGUGCAAGAUUCAGUUUCGUCAGCAUUCUGAAUGAAGACAAACCUACUAAUUCUUGGGGAUCCUCAAAUAGCAAGGCUGAAACCAAACAGAAACAACUUCCCAAUUUCUAUUCUCCUGAGAAACUUUUCCAUGAAAAGUCUUUAAAUGAUGGAGUAAGUUCAGUGAAGAUGGGGGAUGAAAGUUUGUCUCAUUCAGAUCUGCAGCAACCACAAGAUUUCAAUCUAGAGAGAAACCUUGUUUCCAUCGAUGUGUUUAGUGAACCACUUCAUUCAACACAAAGGGAAGUUAGUAGUGAAGAGACUACAGUCAGGAACCAAUAUGUCGACAGCAAUUCUCAUUCUAAAAAUAUACUAAAGGAACAACAGAAUUUCUUACCUAACACAGCAACCAACAAUGAAAAUACUAGUUUGGAAGAAAAUGCAGUUUUUCUCACAAGUGUGAAAGACCAGGAAGAAGGAAUGUCAGAUGGACACAUUCAAAAUACCAUGAACCAGUCAGCAAAUAGUAAUAUCUCCAAGGUCUCAAACUUGUUGAAAGAAAACUACAGAUUGAAAGUAGCUGGCAGGCCCAGACCUAUGUCUUCAAAGUCCACAGGUUUGAUGUUUCCUCCACCGCAGAGACCAUCUUCUCCUAUCACUCGUAACAACACCAAAAGUUUUGUCCUGAGAUUAGCAGACACAGACAGAUGGCUGGCUGGAGGACGGGAUUUGUACUGGGAGCAGCUCAAGCAAAGACCAAAGUCUGGCCACACACCAGGAUGGAAAGAAGGUUUGCCAGCUAGCAUGAGGAAGCCAAGGCCAAAAUCAGCAUUCACGUCAUCAGCCAUAUAUUACCCAAGCAAUUCACCUUGUCACAAUGUGACAUUUGUACCAUCCUGCUCCAACUGUCAGAACACGAGAAACAUGGAACAAAGUAUUAGUUUCUCUGAUUUUAAGAUUGACCAGGAGACUUUAGGUCCAGCAUAUAUCGGAUUUGCAAAUGGUUCCAGUCCAAUUGACUUUGAUAACAUUGACAGAGACCAACUGUUUAUUGAAGGCUACAGAGUUCCAACUGAAGGGGAGGCAAGCAAUAAAAGAAUAUUUGCUCAAGAUUUGAUUCAGUCAAACCUUUAUUCUCAAUACUCAUUGGUUGACAUGACUCCUCCUCCCAGUGGCAGACUCACAACCAGACAUGUUCAGUCUGCUAAAGAGCGAACCCCAGUGUUUAGAAAAAUAUUUGCAACCAACAGUUUGAGCAGCCUUGAUGGGAAUUCUGCAGCAGCAGUUGAUCUUGCUCUUCAAAACAAAGUACGAAAAAAGGAUUUCGAAAUGUCAAGGUCACAGACACCAAACAGAAUGGCUAAGUCAACAGGAAAUGAGGUUAUACAAGUGUAUAUUGAAGAAAGAGCAGACAAUUUGAACUUGGUUGAUUGAGAGGAUACAUGGGGAUGCUAAAAUUUUAAAUUGAGUUUUAGAAUGGGAUAUCAUUUGGUCAUCCACCUCUUUUUGUGUUUAAUUAAUCUAUUUAAUGACAAUCACAAAUAGAGCCUGAGAUUAUUGGCACAUUCCCUCUAUGCUAAAGAAAUACUAAUUUAUCAAGUUUUCAUUUAGGACACUACCUGACUCUUUGCAAGAGAAAUAUAAUGUUUAAUUAUAAGUUAUUUUUUUGUUUGCUAAAGAAGUGCAUAUGAUUGUGAAUAAAUCCAAACUGUAAUUUUAUAUGUGUUGUUGUGGUCUGUGAUACUUUUACACACUUAGCAAGAGUCUUAUAGUUUAAAUUAAUUUAAUACAUUCGGUCAGCAAAACUUUUUCAUUGUUAAUGUCCACAGCUACUUAUCAGAUAUCAUUCCUGACUAGCCAAACAGGUCUUCAGUCUUGUCUUUUUUUCUUCAAGUUUGAAGACCAUGUUUUAAGUUGAAAAGAAAAUUCUCUUGAGUUAUUUUUAUCUUAUAACAACAACAAAAAAUUUCUUCCUUAGUUGUUCUUUUUUUUUUUAAAUGAAAACAUAAAAAAAUAACUUUCAACUUCAACAUUCGUCCAAAAUAGAAUUUGCAUUGCUUGUUGUACAUUUUUACAUGAACUGAAUCUAUAUUAAAUUAUAAGCAGGUAUGUUUUUCUUAUUUAUGUAAGGGACUUAAUGCACUGAUAUAAUAUUACCAAAAGAAUGAAUAUGUAGGUUGUCUCUCUUUGACUCACCAGUAUUAAUAUUUGUUGUAUAAUGGUUAUUGUUUUUCCCCUCAUUCUAGUAGACAGUUUUUUUAUUUUAAAAUUUUCAUUGGUUUCUUGCAUUGUAUGAUAUACACUUCACAUGACAUGUUUAAAUGAAGCUGUGCUAUGUAUAAAUGUAUAUAUUUUAUAAAUAUUAUGUAUGACACAUAAUGCCAUAAGACAAAUCUCCCCAAGGAUAAUGAUUAUCAUUACUAUAUGAGAGAAUAUGCUCCAAUUAAUUUGGGCUUUUACACUGACUGGAAGGUUAAAGCAUAUGUUUUGCAGUUGUCCCCCCCCCCCCCCCCCCGUGAAAAGAUAGAUUUUUCCACACUAAUAAUUUAUAAAAUGAGCAUGUUUGUAAUGUUACUGUUUUAAAAAAAAUUUAACAGAGAUAUUUUUUAUAAAAAUCAAUUUUUUAAAUUGUAAAUAGACAAAUAUAUUUUUAUGCAAAUAUUAAUUCAUUGUUUUAUUUUUAUAUCGAUGUUGUGCUCCUAUGGAUAAUUGUUUUCAAUAUUGAUUGCAAUAAGAUCCCAAGUACAAAUAAAGAUAUUUUACUGCA